CCAAACUAAACCUGUUUUACUCUGUUGAUGUAAACUGAUUUGAAAGAUGAGCCGGGUCUUGUAUCAAAUCUCUGUGAUCAUGUGACUGAUGACGUUUGAGGUGAUUCAAAUCUUUAGUGUGGUUUAAUUUAUUAUAAAGAGACAUUAGACUCAAUGCAAACAAACAUAAACCAACACACAAGAACAGGAAGAGCUCUGACAUCACUGUACUUCAGGAGAAAGUGGAAGUCAAACCUAAUCAAAGCCUGAAACUGAAUCUCUCUAUAAAUAACAGAAUAUUUAGUCAUUUAAAGACUCUCGUGUGCACAUCUGAUCCUCACAGUAAUGUCAUCCUCCGGUGGUCCACUGACUGACACUCUUCAGUGCUCUAUAUGUCUGGAGGUGUUCACUGAUCCAGUCUCGACUCCAUGUGGACACAACUUCUGCAAGACCUGUCUGAAUAAGUGCUGGGACAACAGCCAGACCUGCAUCUGUCCAUACUGUAAAGAAACAUUCAAACAAAAACCUGAUCUCAAGACUAACACCACACUCCGAGAGCUUGCAGAUCACUAUAAACAGAAGAGUCCUGAGAAAACAUCUGAUGUUCUGUGUGACUUCUGUGAGGAGAGAAAGCUGAAAGCCCUGAAGUCGUGUGUGAUGUGUCAGAGCUCUUACUGUCAAACUCAUCUGGAGCGUCAUUUCAGAGUGGCAGCUUUGAAGAAACACAAACUGAUGGAUCCUGUGAGUAAUCUGGAGGACUAUAUUUGUCAGAAACAUGAAAGACCUCUGGAUCUGUUCUGUAGAGAUGAUCAGAUGUGUGUGUGUUCAGUCUGUACUGCUACAGACCACGAGAACCACAACACUGUUCCUAUAGAAGAGGAGACCACAGAGAAGAAGACUGAACUGAUGAAGACACAGAAAGAUGUGCAGCAGAUGAUCCAAAACAAAAUCAAGAAGAUUCAAGACAUCAAACGCUCAACAGAAGCCAGAAAAAGAAACACAGAGCAGGAGAAAGCAGCCCGUGUGGAGCUCUUCACUGAUCUGAUCCGCUCCAUUGAGAGACUUCAGACCGAACUACUGGAGAUGAUGGAGGAGCAGCAGAAAGCAGCAGAGAAACAAGAGCGAGAUCUGAUUGAAGAGCUGGAACAGGAGAUCUCUGAGCUAAAGAUGAGAAACAUUGAGCUGGAGCAGCUCUCACACACUAAAGAUCACCUCCACCUCCUACAGAUCUACUCAUUCCUGAGCAUCUCCAGAAACACCAGGAACUAUCCUGAGAUCAUUGUGAAGACUCAUGAGAGUCUGGAGACUCUGAGGAGAGCUCUGACUCAACUGAAGGACACUAUAGACGAGAAACUCUCACAAACUGUCUCUUCAGAGCUGAAGUGGAUGCAGCAGUAUGCAGUGGAUGUGACUCUGGAUCCUGAUACAGCUCAUCCUGAUCUCAUUCUGUCUGAUGAUGGAAAACAAGUGAGAGAUGGAGACUUUACACAGAAACUCCCAGACAAACCUGAGAGAUUUGAUAUAUGUGUAAAUGUCCUGGGAAAGGAGGGAUUCUCCUCGGGGAGAUUUUAUUUUGAAGUGCAGGUAAAAGAAAAGACUGAAUGGAUUUUAGGAGUGGCCAGAGAAUCCAUUCACAGGAAGGGACAGAUCAAACUGAGUCCCAGAGAUGGAUACUGGACUUUGAUUCUGAGGAAUGGAGAUGAAUAUAAAGCCUGUGAGGAUUGUCGUGUCUCUCUGUCUCUGAGAGUGAAGCCACAGCGGGUUGGUGUGUUUGUGGAUUAUGACGAGGGUCUGGUCUCCUUUUAUGAUGAGUCCAGCUCUCAUAUCUACUCUUUCACCGAUCAGUCUUUCACUGAAAAACUCUAUCCAUUAUUUAGCCCAUCCUUAAACUAUGGAGGUAAAAACUCAAAUCCACUGAUCAUCACACCUGUCAGUUAUAAUAAAUGAAUUUCUCUUGAUAUGAAAUACAAGAUUAUAGUUAUGAUUUUUAUAAAUUGUUAUGUGCUGCUCUUUUUUUUCAAUUUUUGAAAAUGCAAUAAUUUGAUAUUUGAAUAUAUAAUAUGCACAUUAUUAAUGUAAUAAUGCAAAUGUUUAUUAUAUUUUUCAUAAAACAUUAUAUUUUUCAUAAAACAUGCCAUUUUAUUCCUCCAUCUCAAUGUGACAAAGUGAAAUUUCCUGUAAAAACAGUAAUACCCUGUCAAAAAGCUGAAAAAAGACGAAGUAGAUGAACACCCCAAAGCUUGACAGUCAUUUUACCUCUUCAUUGGUCAACAUUUCAUUCCACAUUUUUGAAGCUGCUUUACGUCUGAUGAUUGUGUUAGAUUACACGUAGAAGCAUCUAUUGUUUAAGAUUCUUCUUCACUUGGUUAUUUUUUUAUUUAUUUUAAUUCUUAUUUAUUUUAAAAAACCCUCUAACGUAAAACAGAUUCUAGGAGCACAGUAUAACUUCUAUAUACUUAGACUUAUAAAUAGAUUAAUUGUUUAUUACUGAUUUCAUUAGUUUUAUAGUCACAGAUUAUACUAAAUGUAGUGGAAAUGUAAAUAAAUGAUACAAAAAAGUAUGCUAAACAAAUAUUAAUCCAUUAAGAAUUAUAUACUGAGCACUGAAAUAUCACUAAAAUCUCUCGAAUAAUUCCAGUCUCUGUUGUUCAGUCGUAUGUUAGUUUGAAUUAUAACCUCAAUCUGCCUCAGAACCAAAGAAGAGAAAUCUUUGAUCUGUGACUCCGCCCAGCAGACACACACACACACACAUCUGUUGCUGCUUUCCUGAAGGUAAACAAUGAUUCGCUAUAGAAACUUUACAGGUAAUCUUACUAAUUCUAAAACAUCACUUUUGAAAUAGUAACAAAGGAACCUUGUGUUGUUUAAAAGCAUAUUAUGGGAGAGAGAUUGACAAAGCGAGUGUGAUUACCUCCAUCUGAAACAGCAUUCAUUUUUUAGAUCAUAUUCACAAUAAAACAUUAGUUUGAAUGUACGAUAGGCUUAUAUAAUCCUUUUACCUUUAAGAUUUUGAGAUCUUGUUUCAUAUCAGAAGUAACUUGCUCUGUCUUCUCUGUCUGUGUGAUGUAUUUUCAUUGCGUAAGAAUAAGAUUUGUAGUGUGAGAGUGGCACCGCUUUUUGUCUUACAGGUUUAAUUAACCCUUUAACUGUCUCUCUCUGUCCACUCUAGUCCACUUCAGUAGAAGAGAUCAGAGCAAAAGCCCAGCUGUGUGUCUUUGAAGAAUGAUGCUUCUAUGAUUCAGUCAUCACAAUUCAAUAGUCAAGAUACAAGGCCUGGUGUCAGGUAUAAAAUUUCUGUAAAGAUUAAAGUUAAAGCCAUGAUACACAAUAGAUAAGACAUCUGCAUGCUUAUUAACUUUUUAACUAAUUUACUAACUAGUAUUUUGCGGUCAUGAGGUCCUCAACACACUUAGAUCAAAUCUGCAGAAUAAGUUUGAGUGUCUGUGUGAGGGAACAGCAACGCAGAGAAACCCAACACUGCUGAAUGAGAUCUACACAGAGCUCUACAUCACAGAGAGUGAGAGAGGAGAGAUCAAUAAUGAGCAUGAGGUGAGACAGAUUGAGGCACAAUCCAGGAGAGAAGCAAUAGAGGACACAGCCAUCAAAUGCAGUGACAUCUUCAGACCUUUACCUGGACAAGACAAAGACAUCAGAACUGUGCUGACAAAGGGAGUCGCUGGCAUUGGAAAAACAGUCUCUGUGCAGAAGUUCAUCCUGGACUGGGCCGAAGGGAAAGAGAAUAAGGACGGAAUACUUCAGGAAGAGGAUCAGUGAUCAGAGUCUGGCCGACAGGAUCAUCUCACAUCUGAAGUCCUCCAGGAGCCUCUUCAUCAUGUGUCACAUCCCAGUCUUCUGCUGGAUCUCAGCCACUGUUCUUGAGAAGAUCUUGAGUCGAGCAGAGACUGGAGAGAUUCUCAAGACUCUCACUCAAAUGUACACACACUUCCUGAUCCUUCAGACCAACAUCAAACAUGAGAAGGACUAUGAGAAGAACCUGACAGAUGAAGACAUGAUCCUCAAACUGGGGAAGCUGGCUUUCCAGCAGCUAGUGAAAGGAAACUUCAUCUUCUAUGAUGAAGACCUGUGAGAGUGUGGCAUUGAUGAGACAGAAGCAUCAGUUUAUUCAGGACUGUGCACUCAGAUCUUCAGAGAGGAGCUGGGCUUGUUUCAGGGGAAAGUCUUCUGCUUCGUUCAUCUGAGCCUUCAGGGACAUCUAGCAGCUCUAUAUGCACACCUCUCCUUUACAAAAUAAAUGUUUUUGACCAAAUCAAACAAAAUAUCUAAUUUAAGAUUUUUAACCAGAAGAAAUAUUAUUCAUUAUCUGAGCUGCAUUAGAGUGCUUUAAAAUGGCCUUAAAGAGUAAGAAUGGACAUCUGGAUCUUUUCCUGAGAUUUCUUCUGGGUCUCUCAGUGGAGUCCAAUCAGGCUCUCUUAAGAAAACUACUGACCCAGACAGGAAGCUGCUCAUACAACAAAGAGGAAACAGUUCAGUUCAUCAAAGAGAAGAUUAGGGAGAAUCACUCUUCAGAGAAAUCCAUCAAUCUGUUUCACUGUCUGAAUGAACUGGGUGAUGAUUCACUGAGAUUCACUGUUAUCUGAGAUCUGGAGAAAUAAGAGAAAUCAAACUCUCCUCUUCACAGUGGUCAGCUCUGGUUUAUGUGUUGCUGAUAUCAGAGCAGAAGAUGGAUGUUUUUGAUCUAAAACAGUUUAUUAGAAAACCUUGCACUCAUUGAUCUUAAAAUAUAUCAAUGACAUUUUUUUUUAUCUUAAAAGGGAGAUCAGUAAUGUUUUUUUUUCCUGAGGCACAUUUAUUUUAAAAAAAUGUGCUAAUUGAACAAACUAAUCCUGGCGUAGUCUAAACCUGUCUGUCAAACCAGUCCUAGACGUGCUAGAUUUAAAUCAGCACAGCCAGCGUAUGAUCAAACAUUUUUUUUAACAAGCAUGCCUUUAAGGAAGCAAAGUCGUUCCUCUUGUUGGUAGAUCCAGUGAGAGCUAUUGGCUGUAGACAGCAGUAGAGGUGAAACAACUAUGACAACAUAUAUAAUCCUGCCCACUGUUUGUGUAUUUCACUGACUUUCCUGAUGAGUGACUGACACGCUUACUUACGUCUCUUUCUGUUUGUAUUCAGUCUGAGUUCGUUUGAAUUAAAGCAAUAUAGAAAUCAGGAUGGCAUGUAUGAUCACCCUAGAUUAGCCAUCUAAAUCAUUUUGACCUAGACAAGCACUUUCAGAUAGCUGAUCAGACUCUUAAUCUAAUUUAACACAUUCAUUUUUGCCAUUAUUUGCUAUAUCCAACAAAGUAAAGAAACUAUUACAAGUGAUCAAUGUUGUGUUCGCUAAAUACCAUUAGUUUAGCAAAAUCAUCUUAUGAAGUCAGUUGUUGAUUUAGAUAUUCAUAGAUGCGAUUACCUUCAUACGUCACAGUAAACAUGGUCACUUAUAACAUGGAUUUGAAAAUGCAACAUGCAUUAAGCAUCUACCGUU